ACCAUCCAGGGUAGGAGCGUCUGAGAAACAGAGCAAAUCACCAACAAAUCACAAUGUCAUGCACACUCCGGUCGACUCGGGCGGAUGGGAGGGUCCUUAUUCUCGUCAGCUGUAACAAAGUAUAGUAACAAACAUAUAAUAUAUUCAGUAUUUCCAGUACCCUCCAUCGUCGACGGGCUCCCUGUCAUAGGUUCAGGAGUUUCCAGAGACUACAUAUGACUGAUCGAGUCAGUUGAUCUCGCCAUCAAUCGUUGUACGAUUGGUUCCUGGUAUCUGCGGUUCAAGUUGGCGUUAGCCGACUCUGAGAUCUAUGCUCACACAAAUUGGGUGCGUGUUCAACGUUCAUCUGCCACCUUUCAUGUCUCUUCCCGACCCAUUGCUGCAUCUGAUUCAAGAAUCGAAUGACUGGCCAAACGUUGUUCGGACCUUUGUACAGAAUUUGGACCUUCCGCUUCCCCAAUAUGUCCUGUCUUCACCUGAUGACAAUCCACACAUUUCCGAAACAGCCAACGCUCUCUUUCUUGAACUUCAAAACUGCAGAAAGGAUGAAGACAACAGUCAUUGUAUGGAACCGAACUGCCAGGAGGAUUCCACGUCCUUGCGCGACGUGUUCAACCUGCUUUUGAUGUCGGUUGUAGGGAUGCGCCAGCUCGAUGCCGCUAACGACCUUCGUCUGCGAAAAUCAUUGUUGUGCUCCUUGUUCUCUGCUCUUUGCAACACUGUUUCGCAAGAUGUUCACAUGAUUUGUAGAAUCGAUUCCCCAUUCUUACUUCCUCAGACGAAGCAUUGCGCUUCGUAUUAUGACGAGGAACCCACUAGUAUAGACGGCCACGCGCUCCUUCUAGUAUCUCACCACGUAGCGAAGGAGGCAAUAGUCUUACCUCAGGAACGCACAACCGUUCCUUCUGGAGGGUGCUAUUUCCAGCUUCGAUCCAGUCGCGAAAACAACAUCAACACCGAAAGUGGCCCGGGAUGUCCCACCGACAAGGCUGUAUCUUCUCAAAAUUCUGUACGCGGCGGCCAGGAUGCCAGAGAAAGUAAAACGGCUGAGGAAGAUACACAUCCCUUAUCAGAUGAUAGCUCCUCUCUGCAUGUUCCUUUCGAUGCUCAUAUACUCCUUGGGCAGGGUCGUAGAAAGUCUGCUGAAAUUCCACUUGUCGUGGUUGCUGAUUCAGAGAACAUCAUUCCCUUGAUUACCAGCGCACUCUAUCAGCGAUAUGUGUGGUCUGUUGACGAGCCGGUAAUUGGUUUCGAAAUCUUACGCGCCAGUACCACUGUUCAAGUUCGCUUGGGAUGGGUUGUUCUGGAUGAUGAUCAAUCGCCCACUGUGCAUAUCACACAUGUCUCGACAAAUGUCGAAGCGCUUCCAUCGUUAGGUUUAUACAACCUUACGAACCCAUCGGCUGCGUGUGCCUUGGCACAGUUCAUAUUCAGUCUUCAGGAACAUUGGAAAACCGUAACCAGGGCAGUUACUAAACCCCAGAUACGAAACUUCUGCUGGAGAUUUGACCAUCAUGACCCCGAUGGGCUUCUCGUAUCUGCAACUGGAGAAAUCGAUCGGUACACACGUAUACUUCGUUGGCUGGCAGAUCUUCCCAAGAGGGCUCAACCCGAUCUCGUGAAAAAUCUGGCUAUUGGUGUCAACCAGCUUAAAGACGACGAGUCGAGUGACCAUGGACUUCGACCUCCAUCGCAAAGUGACAGCAUGAAGGAUGCAAAGGAGAAGAAGCCCAAGUGUCUUGGAGAAACAAUUUCAUGCUCAAGCUUCGGAAACCGACCAGCCUCGGGUCUCGACGAGCGAAGAAUUAGUGUUACCACCUGGUUAUUUGAACGUGGGGCUGACCUUAUUGCCAAGAUACCCCCUCACGUCACAAACGAGGACUACGCGAGCAUGACAAGAAUGAUAGGGCUCUAUGAUGAGUUGACGAAGCCAGUCCUCAUCCCAGGAUGGGAUCCUUCGCAUGACAAAACCUUCCCGGCUUGUUGCACGGCUCUCAAACCCUUUCGUAAUAUUUUGAAGGCCCAGUAUCAUGACUUACUGAAUACGGAGCAGGCUGUCGUGUUGGAUACAUCUCUGGCGUGCAUCAUCGAGGAUCGACUCGACGCUCUUCUUAUAUCCUCUUCUCUCGCUUCGGCACCCAAGAAAGAACGGGAAACGCAUUCCGUUAAGGAAGCUGAGAUUCGACAGGUAUGGGAUCUGCUCUUCGCCGAAUUUUAUGUGGAGAGCAUCGAGGAGGCGAUAUCUACUGACAUACGCUACGAGGUUGACAUCCGAUUCUCCCGCAAUCGCAUUGUCGAUAUGCUGGCCGCCACUAUGCCAUGCGGUGAUCGUCCGUCGUCGAAUUCCACAGUUGUGGCGGUCAAGGAGUACAUGAAAGACGCUGCCUAUGAAAUGAGACAGCGUUGCCUGGGUGACUUGUCAAUCCGAAUGGAGGAAGCAGAAGAUGACAUGAUGGUCGCCGCCUUCUUUGCUGCCGUGGCUACCAGGAAAGAGGCCUUCGAAAUAUGUGAGAUGGAAGAUCACGAUAUGCUCAGUCAUAUAUGGAGUCGGGCUGGAGAAGAACCCGUUCAUGGCAUCUGCGACGUUAUUGCAUUCCGACGCGCAGUUUUCAAAAGCUCUGGGACUCCCCGCACUACCACUGUGCCCUUUCCCAAGGACCUUGCUUUCGUGAUUACCACAGAUGCAAAGGAAAAUGGGAUUGAUACAGAGACCGAGGGUAAGUUGCCGGCAACAGAGCCUGAGCCUGGAGAGAAGUUCAAUCGGCAUAUGCUAUUCCAUUCCCGAGGGACGAUAUCCGAACUGCCUGCCAGCUCGACAAGAUCUGGAGCAUCUGGCGCCACGACAGACUCAGACGCGUCUCUUCUUCCUGAUUGCCUCUUGUUACCAGUGAUACUUGCUGAAUACACGAAGAAUGAAGAUACAGACAAGGCACUGCACCAAUUAUACACAUUUAUGGUGUCUGCGGUGGAUAAGUAUGCCCAUCUUGAACUGAAGGAUCACCCUGUCUGGGGCGUCUUUAUCAACGGGGAAGAAGGUAGUGUGUUGCUUGCAUGGCGGUCUGCGAAAACCGAUAGGACCUACGUAAUUCAACGCAAGAUACGCACCUUUGACAUUACUGAACCUUUGCAAGUCGUGCAGUUCGCUUCGUUCCUUCUUCGUGUGCGCGCAUCUGUGUCCGAAAUGUAUGCACCUCUCAGAGACGUUGAACAAACCAGGGUUGAGUGCUACCACGCCACUCCGAAGGGCAAACGUAAAGCAGGGGAUGGUUAUUUUCUGUUGAAGACAGAUGCGAACUAUGUCGACCCAGAGAACAGAUGGCCCUUAUGGACGAAGGAAAAGCAGAGUCCGGUCCCCGAGGAAUACAAAGCUUCAUGGGCGGGCCAGAUGCUUCAUGCGGCCCUGGAUAUUUCUCGACCACCGACACCAUAAUGCCUCAUAUGGCUGAUCUAAUUAUGAUCAGUCUCCAUAUUACAGUAUGCGCAAAGUUAUUCGUCAUGCUUUUUUGCUUGCUAUUUCCAAUGCUAUUCAUCCGUACUAAGACCUCGUCACCGAUGUACCAUGUGGCCAAGUGUACAGAUUUUGAAACCUGAAUACAAAUCUUGUCAAUAUAGAACCUGAAGCAG